GAGUCAUGCCCGCCGGCCUCGGUCCCACCGCGUUGUGCUGGUCCUACUCCCCCCUGUCGCUGCCGCUGGCGCUGCCCCUGGCACUGCCGCUGGUGCCGCUCGGCGUGCACGGCGUGCCCGCCGCCGUGGUCCGCACCCUCUCGUACUCCCGGUUCGCCGCCGCCCCGGGGCCCCGCCGGCCCCGCCCCGUGGUGGGCCCCUGCUCCGACCAAUACCUCGACCUCGGCCCGUAUGUGUUUCGCUGCUGGGUCGUGUGCCCGCCGCCCUGCCCGCCCCUCGGCCCGCCCCUCGGCCAGCCCUGCCCGCCGUACCCAGUGCUGCCCGCCAUGGAAACCAGGAGUGCCAGAUUCAAGAAUAGUCGGCAAACGCGUAGCGUGACAGCGGCCGCCCAGAAUUCGGUCUCCCGAGUCCCCAGGUCGACGCGCUACUCCUCGUACCUGGCCAGCGCCAGCCAGGGAAGCACCACACAGACGUCGACAACCACCUCCGCCAGCAGUCAGGGCUCGUACGAGCACUUCCGGGAACUCCGGAGGUACCCGUACAAGAACUCGGUGCUCCCCACCAAAUCUCCGACCUACCUCGAACUGAGACGUCACCGUGGCCACGGGGCCAGGGGAAUGACAAUGGGUCAAAAAGUAUCAGGAAGUGUGAAGACGGCGCUAGCCCGGGAGAGCCCGCAGCCGUACAAACCAGUCAUUCCACGUGAGCUCGCCCAAGACUUUCAGAGGCCGGCGCGACUCGAAAUCCUACUGGACAUGCCUCCCGCAACAAGAGAAUGCCAGAUAACACACGCGUGGAACGCAGACGACCGCUCGCUCAAUAUAUUUGUUAAAGUGAGUACUGAGGACGACAAGCUGACAUUCCACAGACACCCGGUCGCGCAAAGUACCGACUGCAUCCGAGGGAAGGUUGGACUCACCAAAGGUCUUCACGUAUGGGAAGUUCACUGGUCAACAAGACAACGAGGGACGCAUGCAGUCGUAGGGGUAGCGACGGCCGAGGCACCUCUCCACUCCGUCGGUUAUCAGAGCCUAGUUGGUAGCAACAAUCAGUCAUGGGGUUGGGACCUUGGCCGAAACAAAUUAUAUCACGACUCAAAAAAUAAUGCGGGUGUAACUUACCCCGCACUAUUGAAACCUGAUGAAACUUUUAUUGUUCCUGACAAAUUCCUCGUUGUUCUUGAUAUGGAUGAGGGUACCCUUUCAUUUGUGGUAGAUGGCCAAUACCUUGGAGUAGCAUUCCGAGGGCUUAAAGGCAAAAAAUUGCAUCCUAUUGUUAGUGCUGUUUGGGGACAUUGUGAAAUUACUAUGAAGUAUAUAGGAGGACUUGAUCCUGAACCCCUACCUUUAAUGGAUCUCUGCCGGAGGGUAAUACGGCAACGUAUUGGCAAACGAAAUUUGGAGGACAAGGUCCAAAAGUUAAGGUUGCCCCAAGCCUUGAAACACUACCUAAUGUAUCGGGAUCGAAGAUAACAACUGGCUGUAUAGCCACACACCACCGAAGCUUUCUUGAGGGAGAGUUCAGUGGCAGUUUUUACUUGUCGGACAUUACCUGAUCUCCCUAUCAUAAGAUAGCCUGGGCGUUACCGUCUAGUGUGGCACAAUGGAGGACUUGAAGCAAAGCUGUGGACUUGAAGAAUGUGAUGACAUGUUUUAAUGAAGUGAUGCGAACAAACGGACAUGUACUGAUUUAAGUGUUAAAACACCGAAGUGGUUAAAUUUUCAGUUUUAUGUUUUUCAUUUAACUUGUUUAUUCCCUCUGGAGCACGAAAACCUUAGCUUCAAGCUUCUGCUGCAGAGGUACUAUGGCUUCCACUUGUAGCAAUUUAUCCACAGUGUUUCUUGGACCCCCUUCCACUUGUGAUAUCAUGGCGGUGAUUGCCAAGAACUUAUGUUCAUAUUCUUGAACAAGAAAUGUAUGUAUAAAUCGGUUCUUCUACAGCAUGUAGAAGAAAUUGUAAAUUGGUUUUUAUAUGAUAGCAAUUUUAAAAUUAGAUUUUAUUCCUCUUUUUUGUACCUUCCCCCUCCCCACUCCCCCGUUAUUAUUUUUUUUUUUAAAGAAAAAAAGCUUCUUUCUGGCAAUGACCGCUUGCUUAGUCUUGUUAAAUGUUGAAUCUCUAAGCAUUACCAUGGAGAUUACUUUAUUUUUUCCUUAAAAUCAGCUCCGCGACGAGAUAAUCGCUUUCUGGUUUUAGUCAUGUGGAGCAUCUUGCACAAGUGGCGAGAUUUCUAUCUUCACUGUGUGAAGUGUUAUGUCCGUUACCAGGAACUCGUUGAGUUCAAAUGAAUUAAACAUCAAUUUUAUGUGAAUUCCAAUUGGAAAAGGAUUCUGCUUUCUACAAAAUUAAUUACCCUUCAUGUAACCUCUCUUUGCCAGAAAGCUGUUAAGUGUCAAUGAGUCAUUCGGGGUCUUCCCACCUAUGUUACCUCCUAGCAUCACACCUUUUCUUUUCUCAUUUUAUGUAUCAAAUCCAUGCCUGCCAUUUUUCUCUGGUCAGAAAUUUCAUUCUUUCCUUGCUUCCUCUGACAGGCCAUUUCAUUUCCAAGCUCUAAAAUUUAUGUUAUGUUUAAAUUUGUUUCCCCCUAUAUGUACAUUUCUCUGUGAAUCAGUUUUAUUGUUAACAGAAAGUGGCGUUGCCUGGUCAGAGGAUUCUAGGAAUCAAUUACUAUGUAAAUUAUGAGCAAUGCUCAGAGCUUUGGUUUUUCUGCUGUUCCGUUUGUUAUCCUCUGGAUGCAAAUUUGAUUCCGCAAUCUGUACAUAGCAGAUUGUAAACCAGUGUUCCAAAAUUAUAAACUUAAUGUUUUUGAACGCCUUUUUUUAAUUUAUUCAAACCAUUCCUUAACACAUUUCAAAAGUAAUGUUUAUAAUAGACAGUUUAAUGAUUAUUUCUGAACUUUGUGUUCUUUAAUAUCUAUUUAUCUGGCAUUCUGCAAAAACAGAGAAUUUGCUUACUUUGCUGUGUAAAUUAUUCUGUCUAGUAAGCAAUCUUAUCUUCCAGGCCUUACUGUAAGUCUCUAUGAAAUGUAACCAUUUAAAAAGUCUCUGUAAAAAAGAAAUUCCAACUUGUUUGUUGUCAGCUAAGUUAACCAAAUUAUGAGCUAAUGUUUCCCCACUUCCCCUCAUGAGAAAUUGAAAAGGUUAGUGGGCAUAAGUGUAAAUAAAGGAUUUUCUCUGAUGAA